GAUUUAUGUGGGCAUCAUUCAUGUGAUACUCUGGGAAUGGCAGACGUUGGGACCAUAUGCUCUCCUGAGCGCAGCUGUGCAGUGAUUGAAGAUGACGGCCUCCAUGCAGCUUUUACAGUGGCUCACGAAAUUGGGCACUUGCUUGGGCUUUCCCACGAUGACUCCAAAUUUUGUGAGGAGAACUUUGGCUCCAUGGAAGAUAAACGCCUGAUGUCCUCCAUUCUGACUAGCAUCGAUGCUUCAAAACCCUGGUCCAAAUGCACUUCAGCAACUAUAACAGAGUUUUUCGAUGAUGGUCACGGUAACUGUUUGCUGGACCAACCAAGAAAGCAGAUCCUGGGCCCUGAGGAGCUUCCGGGGCAAACCUACGAUGCCAUUCGUCAGUGCAAACUGGCGUUUGGACCCGAAUACACAGUGUGUCCCGGUAUGGAUGUCUGCUCCCGCCUUUGGUGUGCAGUUGUGCGCCAAGGUCAGAUGGUUUGUCUGACUAAGAAGCUCCCUGCUGUGGAGGGAACGCCAUGUGGAAAAGGGAGGAUCUGUCUCCAGGGAAAAUGUGUUGACAAAACCAAGAAGAAAUACUACUCAGCUUCAAGCCAUGGUAACUGGGGCUCCUGGGGACCUUGGGGGCAGUGCUCCCGUACCUGUGGUGGAGGAGUUCAGUUUGCUUAUCGUCACUGCAAUAACCCAGCUCCUAGGAACAACGGCCGGUACUGCACUGGCAAGAGGGCCAUCUACCGCUCCUGCAACGUCACGCCCUGCCCAGCAAAUGCUAAAUCUUUUCGACAAGAGCAGUGUGAAGCAAGGAACGGCUAUCAGUCUGACGCAAAGGGUAUCAAGACAUUUGUGGAAUGGGUCCCCAAGUAUGCUGGAGUACUUCCUGGAGACGUUUGCAAGCUCACCUGCCGAGCCAAAGGAACCGGCUAUUAUGUGGUAUUUUCUCAGAAGGUAACUGAUGGCACCGAAUGUCGACCGUACAGUAAUUCAGUCUGCGUCCGGGGAAAAUGCAUCCGGACCGGUUGCGACGGCAUCAUCGGGUCAAAGCUCCAGUAUGACAAAUGUGGGGUGUGUGGAGGAGACAAUUCCAGCUGCACAAAAGUCAUGGGAACCUUUACCAAAAAGAGCAAGGGCUACACAGAUAUAGUGAAAAUCCCAGAAGGAGCAACCCACAUCAAAGUUCGGCAGUUCAAGACUAAAGACCAGAGCAGAUUCACUGCCUACCUGGCCCUGAAGAAGAAAAACGGUGAGUACCUUGUCAAUGGGAAGUACAUGAUCUCCACUUCAGAAACCAUCAUUGACAUCAAUGGGACUGUCAUGAACUACAGCGGCUGGAGUCACAAAGACGAUUUCUUGCACGCCAUGGGACACUCGGCCACAAAAGAGGUUCUUAUUGUGCAGAUACUUGCGACGGAUCCAACUCAGCCAGUGGAUGUCCGCUAUAGUUUCUUCGUGCCGAAGAAGCAAGGGCAAAUUACUAACUCCAUCACCAGCAGUGGCAGCAGCAGCAGCAGCAGCAGAGGAGCUCCACAGCUCACGCAACCCCGCUGGGUUACGGGGCCAUGGCUUUCUUGUUCUCGAACGUGCGACACAGGAUGGCACACCAGGACUGUCCAGUGCAAAGACGGGCACGGAAAACUAGCUAAGGGAUGUCUUCUCUCUCAGAGACCGUCAGCAUUUAAACAGUGCUUGUUGAAAAAGUGUUAA